UUAAGUAAGGUUAUUUCAUAUAUUGUAUAUGUAACCUUGUGAAGAAAAUUUAUUCUAUUUCAUUUAUAAGUACAAAUUAUUAUAAGAAUGAAUAACAUAAAAGAAAAUGAUACUACAGAUAAAGUACCACAACUUGUUAAAGAUGCUGUGUUGGUUCACAGUUCUCCACUUCCAAGUGGUACACCAACAGUAAAAGGAUAUGAUUGGAAUCAUGGAAUCAAUUAUCAUUCACUUUUUGAGUCAUAUAAACAUUCUGGUUUUCAAGCAACGAAUUUUGGAUUGGCUGUAAAUGAAAUUAAACGUAUGUUGGCUGCAAGAAUUAUACCUCUUAAAGAAGAUCAAAUUGACGAAUUAGAAGAUGAUGAAUUUAUUAAAAGAAAAUCAUCGUGUACUAUAUUCUUAGGAUAUACGUCUAAUAUGUCUUCUUGUGGUGUUAGGGAAACUAUAAGAUUCCUUGUGCAACAUAAAAUGGUUGAUUGUAUAGUUACAACAGCAGGUGGAAUAGAAGAAGAUUUUAUUAAAUGUUUAGCACCAACUUAUAUCGGUGAUUUUCACUUAGAUGGAAAACAUCUUAGAGAAAUUGGAAUUAAUCGAAUAGGGAAUCUGUUAGUUCCUAAUGAUAAUUAUUGUAUUUUUGAAGAUUGGGUAACGCCAAUAUUAGAUUCUAUGUUAACCGAACAGAAGGAACAAGGUAUUCUAUGGACUCCAUCUAAAAUAAUAACAAGAUUAGGUGAAGAAAUUAAUAACGAAGAAUCAAUAUAUUAUUGGGCAGCAAAGAAUAAAAUUCCAGUUUUCAGUCCAGCUUUAACAGAUGGCAGUUUAGGUGAUAUGAUGUAUUUUCAUUCUUUUAGAAAUCCAGGAUUAGUAGUAGACAUAAUCUCAGAUCUGAGACGUUUAAAUACAAUGGCUAUGAAAGCAAUCAACAGUGGAAUGAUUAUAGUAGGAGGUGGUGUUGUAAAACAUCAUAUUUGUAAUGCAAAUUUAAUGAGAAAUGGUGCUGACUAUGCUGUUUUUAUAAACACAUCUUCAGAAUUCGAUGGUAGCGAUAGCGGAGCUCGUCCAGACGAGGCGAUCUCUUGGGGUAAAAUUCGAAAAGAUGCGACCCCGGUAAAAAUUUAUGCUGAGGCAACUUUGAUAUUUCCACUUUUAGUAGGUGAAACUUUUGCAAGGCAUUAUCACUCUUCCAAAGAAAAAACUGUAUCCGAUGUUUAAUGAAUAAACGAUGUCUUUCUCCUCCUCUAA